AUUACUCUAGAUUUGUACCAGAAACAACAACAAAAUUGCACAGUAAGGCCAGCUCGAGAAUUAUUGAGACGAAUACAAAACAAACGUGUACCGGAAGUAAACAAAGAUGGAAGACGACUUGCUGUCAAAACUGGAACAUGAUGAUAUAUUCAGGCAGUUUUUGGAGGAAAGUUUUGAUGUGAAGGCCCAUGCAAACCAAGCUAUACAGAGACGUGCUAUAACAGAUCAACUCUCAAAACUUGCUGAGGGGAUUGGUUUACUUGACAAGGAAAUCCACUCUCAGAUUGUUGCCCACCAUGAAGAUUUAUUAUCACAAGCCACUGGAGUAGAGACAUUGGAAGGUGUACUUCAAAUGAUGCAGACCAGGAUACAGUCAUUGUUGUCAGCCAUGGAUAGGAUCCGAAGCAAGGUUACAGAACCUUAUACCAAGAUCUUCACAAGAACUGUCCAGCUUAGAAACCUCCAAGAGGCUUGUGACCUAUUACGGAGGAUUAUACGUAUCCUUUACCUGAGUAAACGUUUACACAGCCAGUUACAAGGUGGAGCAAGGGAGAUAACUAAGGCUGCCCAAAGUUUAAAUGAACUUGACUAUAUAUGUGAAGGAGUUGACCUGACAGGGGUAGAGGUGAUAGAACAGGACAGGAGGUUUGUGAAACAAGCUCGACAAGAAGUGGAAUCUCAGGCAUUGAAAAUGCUAGAACAAGGCAUGGAAACACAGAACCAAGCCCAAGUAGCCACGUCACUACAAGUGUUCCAUAAUCUUGGCAGUCUGAGAGAGAUUGUAGAUAAAGUUGUCAGUCAGUGUAGAGAUAAGCUGGAGAGUGAUAUCAGGGCAUGUCUAGAUGUCACAGCACUUUCUAUACAACAGACAGGACCUCAGGGAAAAGCUGGACCUGGUAGGGCUUCUAUGCCUGUCACAGGUAACACAGCAGCCCUUAGAGCAACACUCUGGACCAACAUGGAGAAACUCAUGGACAGUAUAUACUCAGCUUGUGCUCAGGUACAACAUUUACAGAAAGUUUUGAUAAAGAAGAGGGACCCAGUUACACAUGUGUGUUUUAUAGAGGAACUUAAGCAGCAUGAAGGAAGCGUUCACAUCAUGGCAGAUUUCUGGACACAGAUUACUCAGAUGUUAAAAAGCAAGUUCAAAUCUGCAGCAGAGUCAUCAUCCUUUUUAAAGCAAGCAUUUGAAGGAGAAUAUCCAAAACUACUUCGUCUUUACAAUGAUCUUUGGAAACGUCUGCAGCAGUUCAGCCUCUCUGUGGAUAUUGGGUCGUUGUCCCUGGCAACAGAUGCCUUAACAACAGGGGAAGUAAUUGAGGAAGAUAUUUUCUCUCAAACCAGCAAAAGUGACAAACAAAAUAGUUCAGAGAUGGCAUUACGAGAUACCCUGGCAAACUUUGAGACGGCGUACUUGUCCCGCUCAUUGUCACGACUGUUUGAUCCUAUCAACUUGGCUUUCAGUACUGCAUCUUUCAAUCCACCUACUGUGGAAGAAGUUGACAGCAUUGUCAAAACUAUUUCCAGUGAGUUGAAUGUUGCUAGUGUGGACAUGAGGUUGUGUGUUACAGUUGCUAAGAAUGUGGCUAAAACAGUGAAAAUGUUCUGUGUGAAGAGUGAACAGUUGGUGUGUACAGAUGGUGAAGCUAGUCAGGUGAUAGGAUCACCAACACAGGGACAGACUCGUAAUGCUGCUGUUGUCAUUACCUUAUACCAGCUACAUCUUGCCGUCUCUAAUGUUGUAAACAGUUUAGAGCAUUACCCAGAAGAGGCAAAAACAAGUAUAACAGAAUCUUUACAGAAUAUAGUAAUGUUGAUGACCAGUUCUGUACGACCCCUGAUGUCAUCUAUAUGUGACGCCUUAGAGGCCAUCAUACUUACAAUGCACCAGGAAGAUUUUUCUGGACCAGCUCCAUCAGAGACCGAGACAGAGGCUCCAUGCUCCCUAUAUAUGAGGGAGUUACAAGGGUUUGUGGCUAGAUGUCAGUCAGAUUACCUGUCACAGUUUACAUGUCAAGAUUUUAUCAUGGAGUGCAUUCAGCCAAUCUGCAGCAGAUGUAUAGAUCUGUUUGUAAGGCAUGCCUGUCUUAUACGACCUCUAGGAGAGGGAGGGAAGUUACGACUUGCCGCAGAUUUUGCUCAGAUGGAACUUGCAAUCUCCCCAUUCUGUAAGAGGGUCUCUGAUCUCGGCAAACCAUAUAGGCUGCUGAGAGCUUUCAGGCCACUAUUGUUCCAGACUGUAGAACAUGUCAGUGAGAGUCCAGCACUUGGUGAAAUAAUCCCAUAUAGCUUAUUGUUACAUUUCUUGUUUGCUCGUGCUCCAAUGGAUAUCAAGUCACCACAUGUUACUGCAGACUGGUCGUUGAGUCGUUACUCCCAGUGGUUAGAUGAUCAUCCAUCAGAAAAAGACAGACUGACUCUCAUAAAGGGAUCACUUGAAGCGUAUGUGCAGCAGGUGAAAUCCAGACAGGGAAAAGAAUUUGCCUCUAUAUAUCCCAUAAUGCUCAAGGUCCUGCAGACUGGUUUACAACAAACAACCUGAGGGAAGACAUGAAAGAAACAUGAACCAGUCUAGAGUAUUUUCAGAUGUACAAUUUGUGGGAAAACACUAUCUGUCUGUGAUAAAAGUGUGGGCACAUACUUCUGGGGUUGGGAAAAACUGUUGUAGCAUUAGCUAAUGAAAUACAAAACAGUCAGCUAGUUCUCACUGGAAAUGGUGGACUGUAAAACAUCACUGCUUCAUAUUGCAGAAUGCCAUUUUGAUACCAAAUGAUUCUGAUUUGGGAGGGGCAUUUUAACCCAGUGCUUUAAUCAAAGAAAUGUGCUAAGUGUAAAAUCAGCAUUUGUAGAAUGACUCCUUGGUAGAUUUAUGAAUCAGUCAAUAAAAUCAUGUAGUUAACCUUAAUUUUAGAUAAAAUGUUUCUCUAUCUCAUGUAGGUUUAUGAAAGCCUGAUCUGGCAGUCUAUCUUGGUUAUUAGGAGUUUCUAAAGACAUAUGCAAACAAAUAAUCAACACAAGAUAAUUACCACUGUUAAAACCUUGGUAUCAGUAUUUUUGUACCCCCCGACAACAAAGUUGUAAGUGGGGGUAUACUGGUUUCAGGUUGUCUGUCUGUCCGUAGACACAAUCUUGUGCGCACCAUCUCUCCUGAUCCCCUUGACACAAUUUAAUGAAACUUCACACAAGUGAUCAGUAACAACAGAAGUUGUGCAUGGGGCAUGUUAGGUUCUUUCAGAAAAAAAAAUUGCAGAGUUACGGGACUUUGUUUCUCGUUACUAUACUAUAUACAUAGACACAAUCUUGUGCGCAACAUCUCUCCUCAUCCCCUUGACACAAUUUAAUGAAACUUCACACAAGUGAUCAGUAACAACAGUAGUUGUGUUUGGGGCAUGUUAGGUUCUUUUAACAACAAAAAUUGCAGAGUUAUGAGACUUUGUUUCUUGUUAACAUACUAUGUACAUACAGUCUGCAUAUGCAAUCUUGUGCACGCCUAAUCUUCCGAAUCCUUGCACACAAUUUAAUGAAACUUCACACAAGUGACCAGUACCAACCCUAGUUGUGCAUGAUGCAUGUUACAUUCUUUUAGAUAAUUAUUCUGCAUAGUUAUGGGACUUUGUUUUUUGUUACUAUACUGUAGACAUAGUCCACAUAAUUAUGCAAUCUUGUUUGCAUCAAAUUGCAAUGUACUGUGUCAGUGCAUGCAGGGGGUACGUUCAUCACCUUUAGUGAUAGCUCUAGUUGUGUAGUGGAUUUCUAUGUAAUUACAGCUCAUGUUUUUAGUGUUAUCUGCCAAAUCCUUAGGGAUUGGUUGGUGCCAGUGUUGGUGCCAAAGUAUUCUGAGGGUUUAUGAAGAUGUUAUAACUUGAAAUGAACAUGCGCGAACACUGUUCUAGCAUAGAACACGUAAAAAAUUAAUAUAUUGUCCCUCGACAUCAUGUAAUUUCCAUGAAAUGCGCAGGAAUGUAUGCAUUGUUUUAUCAUGAUGACAUCAUUUCCUUUUGAAAAAGAUGUUUGAAUAGCAUGUGAGCACGAGAAUCUCUAUUAACACAAGUUUACUCUCCAGAUAAAACACCCCCGAAAAGUGACAAGAACAGUAGUUUUAGAAUGUUUCUUGAUAAUAUAUACUGUAUAUCACAUUGAGGGAUAUUUUGCAAGGGAUAAAAUAAGAUGCUUUGUUAUAAAAAUUUUAUUUAUAUAUUUUUGUCUUCUUUAUUACAUACAAUGUAAUGUAACAAUUGUCAAUCACAUGAAUAAAAUAUUCAAAAACAGAA